AUGCUAUCUCCUUCUAUUCUUCUCCUUCUAGCCUUUGGGCUAGUCUGCUCUACGCACCCACUUGAAAAGCGACAGUUAAGGACAACCGAUUCAUUCAAGCUGUAUGCCUAUGGCCCAGGCAUUAGCGGACUGCCCGUCUUCUACAGGAACGGUAGUGCCGAAGUCGCAGAUGAGUCCAAAGUAGACAAAACCACAAUGGCCACAAUGACCCCAAUCAACUGUAAGAACCCAAUAUCCCUACUUGAUGCCAUGCGAAAACCACCCGUGAACGAAUCCACAGGCUUACCUAAGCCAGUCACCGCUUCUGCUGACAACACCUGGGUUGCACACCCCAGUUCCAACGAGGCCUUCACCGCCCUCUCGACCGAUGCCAAUAGGCUGUGUCUGGAACAAGGCGAUGCAGGCUCCAAUCCAGUCUCAUUCACCGGUUCUGGUACGGAAAGGUCGAACACGACUAAGCUCAGUGAUGUCUGGUCUACUUAUGGGAGCUAUGUCCUCGUCACUGUUAGCGGCGCAAACUUCUACGGGAAAUCAACUGGCACUGGCUUGUACUCUCUGCUUUGGAGUAGCUCGGCUGAGGCAAUGACCGAUACUAUACCGCUAGUGCUGCGGACUGCUGAGCCUGCGACGGUAUCUGUACUGACCUAG